GACUCACGUAAUCACUUGAAAACAAUGUGCUAGGGUAAACUUUUGCAGUCAAGCCAGCCUGCUAAUGCCCUUAACUGCUCAGAGGAUCCAAGUGGCUACAGAUAUGUCUACGGAGCUUCCUGCAACAACAGUGGUUACAGAAAUGGAUGCUUUCACAGCUUCUCAGACAAACGCUUCCACCUGCGACUUAUAUGAGCACAAAGAUACAGCACGGAUAUUACUGUCUGUCUUCUACAGCUCCAUCUUAAUUCUCGGAGUGCUUGGAAAUGCCAUUGCCCUCACAGUCAUUUUUAAAAACAGAAAGAAGAUCAACUCCACAACCCUCUAUUCAACAAAUCUCGUCUUCUCUGAUCUCCUCUUCUGUGUUGCGUUGCCUACACGGAUAGCCUACUAUGCCCUGGGAUUUCACUGGCCAUUUGGAGAAGCAUUAUGUCGAAUAACUGCUCUCUUGUUCUAUAUCAACACCUAUGCAGGUGUAAACUUCAUGACAUGUUUAAGCAUUGACAGGUUUUUUGCUGUUGUCCACCCCUUCCGAUACAAGAUCAGAAGGAUUAAGUAUGCCAAGGGCAUUUGUGUCUUUAUCUGGUUUCUUGUAUUUAGUCAAACUUUCCCAUUACUUAUACAGCCCAUGUCACAGGAAGAAAAAGAAAGGACUACGUGUAUGGAAUAUCCAAACUUUGAAAAAAUAGCACAUCUACCAUUUAUACUUCUUGCUGCCUGUUUAGUAGGGUACCUUAUUCCCCUGGGGAUUAUACUAUUUUGUUACUCUCAAAUUAGCUGCAAACUUUUUCAAACGGCCAAGGAAAAUCCACUGACUGAAAAAUCUGGGAUAAACAAAAAAGCCAUCAAUACAAUCAUAUUUGUAAUUAUAGUGUUCAUCAUCUGCUUUACCCCUUAUCAUGUUGCAAUCAUACAGCACAUGAUUAAGAAGCUUCAGAAUGAACCCUCAUGCACUGAAAAGAAAAUUUUCCAGAAGUCACUCCAUUAUACAGUGUUCCUGAUGAAUUUUAACUGCUGCCUAGACCCUUUCAUCUAUUUCUUUGCAUGCAAAGGAUACAAGAGAACUGUAAUGAAAAUACUGAGACGACAAGUGAGUGUAUCAAUUUCAAGCGCUGUCAGAUCACAUCAUGAAGAAAGCUCACGUGAAGUGGGAGAAACGCAGAUGAUGGUACUUGCAAAAUCUUCCAAUGGAAAGCUACCUGAAAAAUAA